AUGAAUUUUUGGGGCCAGAAACAAAGUGAAGCUUCGGAUAUUAUUCACAUGGAAUCCACAACUUGGAAUUGGGAAACAUCGCACAUAUUGGAGACGCAGACAGCACGCUUGCUUAAACUUGAAGACGAACUUGCAGCACUCGGCAGCGAGAAAGCAGCGCUCCAACGAAAAUGCACAGAACUCGAGCGAGCUAACGACUUAGCGAUUCAAGAGAAACUGGAACAGUUGGGAGUUAUUGAGACGCUUCGCAAAGAACUGUCCAGUGUGGAAGAAUGUUUAAAUGAGGCCGAAAAGAAACAUAACGAUGAAAUUGAAGCUUAUCAUAAACUUGUCGAACAAAAGGAAAAUGAACGCACAGCGCUGAUUGCGGAAAUAUGUGCCCUAAGUCGUGCAAAAGGUCCACUUCGUGAUUCGUUCGCCGAAAUCCAGCACCGUCAUGGCUAG